GUGAGCGAGAGGAUGCUGGCGGGGGGCGCGAGGAGCAUCCCCAGCCCCCUACUGGCCUGCUGGCAGCCCAUCCUCCUGCUGGUGCUGGGCUCGGUGUUGUCAGGCUCGGCCACAGGCUGCCCUCCCCGCUGUGAGUGCUCCGCCCAGGACCGCGCUGUGCUCUGCCACCGCAAGCGCUUCGUGGCGGUGCCCGAAGGCAUCCCCACCGAGACUCGCCUGCUGGACUUGGGCAAGAACCGCAUCAAGACGCUCAACCAGGACGAAUUUGUCAGCUUCCCGCACCUGGAGGAGCUGGAGCUCAACGAGAACAUCGUGAGUGCCGUGGAGCCCGGCGCCUUCAACAACCUCUUCAACCUGCGGACGCUGGGGCUCCGCAGCAAUCGCCUGAAGCUCAUCCCACUGGGCGUCUUCACCGGCCUCAGUAACCUGACCAAGCUGGACAUCAGUGAGAACAAGAUCGUCAUCCUGCUGGACUACAUGUUCCAGGAUUUGUACAACCUCAAGUCGCUGGAGGUUGGCGACAAUGACCUAGUCUACAUCUCCCACCGCGCCUUCAGCGGCCUCAACAGCCUGGAGCAGCUGACGCUGGAGAAAUGCAACCUGACCUCCAUCCCCACCGAGGCGCUGUCCCAUCUGCACGGCCUCAUUGUCCUGAGGCUCCGGCACCUCAACAUCAAUGCCAUCCGGGACUACUCCUUCAAGAGAUUGUACCGGCUUAAGGUUUUAGAGAUCUCCCAUUGGCCCUACUUGGACACCAUGACCCCCAACUGCCUCUAUGGCCUCAACCUAACAUCCCUGUCCAUCACGCAUUGCAAUCUGACCGCCGUGCCCUACCUGGCCGUGCGCCACCUGGUCUAUCUCCGCUUCCUCAACCUCUCCUACAACCCCAUCAGUACCAUCGAGGGCUCCAUGUUGCAUGAGCUGCUGCGGCUGCAGGAGAUCCAGCUGGUGGGUGGGCAGCUGGCUGUGGUGGAGCCCUAUGCCUUCCGCGGCCUCAACUACCUGCGCGUGCUCAAUGUCUCUGGCAACCAGUUGACCACACUGGAGGAGUCGGCCUUCCACUCAGUGGGCAACCUGGAGACGCUCAUCCUGGACUCCAACCCGCUGGCCUGCGACUGCCGUCUCCUGUGGGUGUUCCGGCGCCGCUGGCGGCUCAACUUCAACCGGCAGCAGCCCACAUGUGCCACGCCCGAGUUUGUCCAGGGCAAGGAGUUCAAGGACUUCCCCGAUGUGCUGCUGCCCAACUACUUCACCUGCCGCCGCGCCCGCAUCCGGGACCGCAAGGCACAGCAGGUGUUUGUGGAUGAGGGCCACACGGUACAGUUUGUGUGCCGGGCAGACGGCGACCCGCCACCUGCCAUCCUCUGGCUCUCACCACGCAAGCACCUGGUCUCAGCCAAGAGCAAUGGGCGGCUCACAGUCUUCCCCGAUGGCACUCUGGAGGUGCGCUACGCCCAGGUACAGGACAACGGCACAUACCUGUGCAUCGCAGCCAACGCGGGCGGCAACGACUCCAUGCCUGCCCACCUGCACGUGCGCAGCUACUCGCCGGACUGGCCCCAUCAGCCCAACAAGACCUUCGCCUUCAUCUCCAACCAGCCGGGCGAGGGAGAGGCCAACAGCACCCGCGCCACUGUGCCUUUCCCCUUUGACAUCAAGACCCUCAUCAUCGCCACCACCAUGGGCUUCAUUUCUUUCCUGGGGGUCGUGCUCUUCUGCCUGGUGCUGCUGUUUCUCUGGAGCCGGGGCAAGGGCAACACGAAGCACAACAUCGAGAUCGAGUACGUGCCCCGCAAGUCAGACGCGGGCAUUAGCUCCGCCGAUGCACCCCGCAAGUUCAACAUGAAGAUGAUAUGAGGACGGGGCGGGGGGCAGGGACCCCCGGGCACACCAGGCAGGGGAAGGGGCCUGGCUGCUGCCCACUCACUACCCAGCCCUUCCCACCCCCUUUCUGCCCCUUCACACACACUUUUUCUCCCUCCUACCCCUGCCCCUGCGGCCCCCGCCAGCCCUCACCGCCUGCCCUCUUUCUACUAGGACCUCAGAAGUUUAGGCCUGGGGACCCCACCUCACAGGGGCACGCGCUGACAGACUGGAGUCGGAGGCCAACGAACCGACAUGAGGCACAGUCAAUAAUUCAAUAAAAAAAAAAAAAGUUACGAACUUCCUCUGUAACUUGGGUUUCAAUAAUUAUGGAUUUUUAUGAAAACUUGAAAUAAUAAAAAGAGAAAAAAAAAACACUAUUUCCUAUAGCUAGUCGGAAUGCAAACUUUUGACGUCCUGAUUGCUCCAGGGCCUUCUUCCAACUCAGUUCCUUGUUUUUCUCUUCCUCCCCCACUCCCCCUUCCUCCUUUCUCUUCUCUUCCCCUGUGGGAAGGGACC